AUGGACGCUGGAAGUCUCGCUCAGAUGUCGCAGGCCCACCUCAGCCAGGCCCACGGCCUCCCUAUGAGCUCUGGCCUGGCAUCACGCAGGGGCGGGCAGAACAUCAAGCCCCUCUCGUUCGAUGCCUUGAAGUCAACCGCCGAUCGGGAUGGCGGUGUGCCGACCCCGCGCACCAGCCGCUCGCACUUGUUGGCUGGUCUUCGCACCGCUCCCAAGUCGGCCACAGCCACGAGCUUCCCGAACCUGCCUUCCCCGACCACAGCAGGCAUGCCGCAGGGUAGGAAUCGCAACUCGGCAGUCCCCAACAUGUACGACGCGGCGAGUUUGUAUGGACCUAAGACGUCCAUCCCGCGUUUUGCAACCCACCAGCAGGUUCAGACGCCUCAGCAGCAGCAAUAUCAGCAGCAACAACAACAGCAGCAGCAGCAGCAACAGCAGGCCUACCAGCAGAUGGCUGCCCUCAACCAGCACUACACAGCCGAACAGGUUCUUGCUCCUCCGCUGCUCCAGCUGGAAGAGGCCCGGGAGCACAUUGACCCGAACCUCCAUGCGCAGCUGUUGUACACCAAUGCCUAUCUGUCAGACCAGCAGCAGCGUCUCCAGCAGCAAUUGAAGGCGCUUCAAGCGGCCGCGCAGCAGUUCCAGGGUCUGAAUCUUAACGGGCAUGCCCAGAUGGUGCAGCAGGGGUACCAGAACUUGUACCAGCAGCAAUUGCAGAAUGCCCAGGCCAUGAUGUCUCCCGCCGCGCAGCAGGCUGGCGUCUACGCCGUGUACGACCCGGUCACGGGACAACCGACCAUGUACAUGGAUCAGAGCCAAGCUCAACUCCAACAGGCUCAGCUGAACGCUCAGCUGCAGGCCCAGCUCGCGAACCAGGCCCAGCUUGCCAAUGGAUACGGAAAUGUCCAGCAACCCGCGGUUGGCACCCCCCGUCUCCAGGUCUCCCCGCCACCCUCCAUGCCCGGUGCAACUGGUUUCCGCGUGCCCUCGCCGCCGCGCCGCUACGACUCUCCCCCGGAGACUCACGCUCCUCUGCCGCCCCCCAGCGCCAAUGCUUUCCGGCGUGGGCAUAAGAAGGCCCCGUCCGUUUCGAACAAGGGUCAGCUGUCCAUCAGCACAAACGACGAGCCUCUGAAGUCAGUUGGUCCCAAGACUGCGUCCUUCCCAUUGACGCCGAUGACCGCCGGGUACGGGCCCGGGCAAGGCCGUGCCGGCGAGCAUCCCGUUCGCCAGCCCCGAAAUCCCCCGCCCCUUGACGAGCUGAAGGCGAAGCCGACGUCCAAGCACGAAGGCAGCAAGAACUUUGUUGCGCGCACCCGCCGCUCGGCCAUCCACAACCUCGUCAAGGCCGGCUUGGAAAGGCGCAAGGAGACCCGAAGCCCUGGAAGCAUCAGCCCGAUUUCUGAGAGCACCGAGGAGCUCGUGGAGACGCCCCUGACGGACAACGACAGCGACUCUGGCCGUAGUGGGUCGGGUAGCCUGAUUGACCGCGACGAGUGCAGCCUUCCUAGCUCCAGGACCAGCACCGGAAGUUGGGGCGCCAUAGGCUCGGAUCGUCCCAGCUCCCGCCAAAAGGGCCACCGCUCUAGCGUGGACAGCGUGCCCUCGGACCUGGAGAACGCGCCCGGCAGUUUCGCUAGUCUGCUCAAGAACAGCAAUCAGAGUAUCAAGGCCGGAGGCGAGGGCCAGCGCAAGGCACGACUUGUCCUCACUAGCGCCGAGAAGCGAAAGGUUGCUGUCUAG